UUUUUUUUAAAAUGAUGAUGAUGGACAUGUACGGACACGGUGGUCAUACUAAUUAUCCAUCGAGUGAUAACACGUUUUAUUAUACGAAUGAAACAUCGCCAACCUCAGUUCAUAACCAAUUAAAUCAGUACUCUGGUUAUCAUUACGAAGAAACUCCAUAUGUAUUUUCGUCAACAACAACGGAAAAUGUUGAGACUCCACCUUCGCCCCAAGAUAUUUAUAAUUACCAACAAACAACAACUUCUCAUCAAGUUCCAGAAACGAAUCCGAUCAUUAAUAACACCGAAACCGGAUUGAGUUACACCAAUUUAGAUUAUAACACUUACCAACAAAUUCAACACCAUCAAAAUAAUGUUUAUAACGAUGGUUAUCAUCAACCGAUGAAGACAUCCCAGCACCUUCAUCAGGAAGUGCAAAAUGUUCAUCACCAUCAAGGUGGUGGUUAUUUGGAAAAUAAAUACGUUCCAAGUCAUCAUCAGCAUCAUCAGAUUGAUGGUGAUGGUUUUCAUUUAUUGACUGCUUCUUCUUCGUGCAUGGAAUACCAACAUCAUCAUCGGUAUAAAGAGGAGGGAGGUGUAGUUCAAGAUCAUGACAGGAUUCGACAACAUCAGCAACAUAUUGCGCAUAAUAUGAAUAACAUACAACAGACUCAACCCGUUAUCCCAACUUAUAAAUGGAUGCAAGUUAAAAGAAAUGUACCAAAACCAAGCACUCCGAAAAUGCCACAGCAAAUUCCCGAUUAUCCAGCAUCCGUCGUCGGUUUAGACACAACAAAUCCGGCAAAUCGGGGUUCUUGUAUUGGCCCAAAUCCGAAUUUGAACGCGGGAAUGUUAGGAUUGAGCUGUUUGAACACGGGUAGAACGAAUUUUACCAACAAGCAACUCACCGAAUUGGAGAAAGAGUUCCAUUUUAAUAAGUAUUUAACGAGAGCUCGUAGAAUUGAAAUCGCGUCUGCUUUACAAUUGAACGAGACCCAAGUGAAGAUUUGGUUUCAAAAUCGUAGGAUGAAACAGAAGAAACGGAUGAAGGAGGGAUUGAUUCCAGUUGAAACAUCGACCGGAAGUGGAAGUUCUAACGGCGGGGGAAAUUCCGGGGGUGGUGGUGAAAAUUUACCGGGGAGUAGUGAAAAUAGUCGGGAAAGUAAUUGAGGUUAAAAAAUUUUUUUUGAUUCGAUUAAAAUUAAAUAAAAAGUUAAACGCCAAAGACUAUUUAUAAUAGUUGUUUUAUAUAAAUUAACUCUUUAAUGUUUUUUCUUUUUGAAAAUGUGAUUUAUCACACCGUUCAGCAUAAAAAAUCUGGAUAUAUGAAGAUAAAUUUCGACGUUAAAGAGUUAAUUAUUGAUUAGGAGGAAAGCAAAAAAUUAUAGGAGAUUUUUUUUUAAUUAUUUAGAAAUGUAGUUAGAUUUAGGUCCGAUUUUCUGCGUUUCAAAUUUUACCAGAUAAUAACAAAUUUUUUUGAUUAUAUUACAUAUUAUUUAACUGAAAUUUAUCAUUCGUUUUCUAUUAUCAGAUCAGGAAUUGCUUCCACAAUACUAAAUUAGCGCAAAUUAUAUCAAAAUCUGAUUUUAUAACGAAGUUUUUGGUUCAAAAUCAAAUACAUUUGCAUUAUUUAAAAAUCGGGUCUUUUAAAUAUAUUUAUUUCUUAUAUACUCAUUUUCAAAAUCUUCUUCCAUUAAAAAGUAUUUUUUUAAUAAUUUUAAUUUAAUUUUUUUUUAAAUAAAACCACUUAAAUAGAAGGAAUUAUGUUAUAUAAAGCUGUUGUUACAUAUAUAAUAACAUUUUAAUGUUAAAUUACAAUUUUUUUCGACUUAUUUUUAUUUGACUUCGUUUUUCUUACUUAUUUCUAGUUCCGAAUGUAAUGAUUAGAUUAAAUAAGCUUUAAUUUUGUAAAAUAUGUACAUAAGUGUGUCUGUUAGCUUGCUCAGGGAGGUAUGUAAGCGAUAUGUGUUAACCAAAUAUAACAAGAAAUGACCUUAAAAAAAUUAAUAAAUUAUUGUAUUGUA